AUGGGCCCCUGUACCGCCUCCUCAUGCUGCUGCCAGGCCCGUAAUCUGCCAUGGGCCCCCGUACCGCCUCCUCAUGCUGCUGCCAGGCCCGUAAUCUGCCAUGGGCCCCCGUACCGCCUCCUCAUGCUGCUGCCAGGUCCAGAGUGUCUCAUGGGUCCCUGUACGGCCUCCCAUUAUUGCUGUCUCCAUCGCCACACUCUGCCAUGUGCCACUUUCAGGUCUCCUCACACUGCUGGUGGGUUCCAUUUUGUCAUAGGGUGCUGUAUGGCCUCCCAUUGCUGCUGCCUCCACCGCCCACACUGUGGCUCCACACUCUGGUUUUGGCCCCGUGACUGCCCAAAUGAGUGAAGUGUGCGGUGAUUCUAAGAUCGACGGCACUCAUCUGCAUGUCAUACUGACUGACAGUAUUAUUUCUCUUCCCCAGCAGACUCCAAGGGCAUUUAAAUUAAAGGUACAGUGUUCUGCACUAAUAUAA